UGCAAAUCAUUGUAUUCUGUUUUUAUGUUAAUCACAACAUCCCAACUUCAUUGGUAUUGGGGUUGUAUGAAUCAUGUAAAAUAAAAUUUAAAUUUCAUGUCAAAUAAAAUACAGAUACAUUUACAGAAAAACAAAAAUGGCCAUUUCCUUUUACAUUAAAAGAAAGUCCAAAUAAUAAUAGUCAACAUCCAUCCACUUUCCGUACUGCCUUUUUUAAAAAUUGAAUAAAAUCAUUGUAAAUACUGUAUAAAUGUUUUUCUUCUCACUGUUUUAAUCAUUUGCAUAUGCUCUUGUCUCGCAGCAAAUCUGCUGCGUGCAAGUAAUGUAUAUAAGCCUCUGUCACUUCCCCCUUUACUUUUGUGGUUUUGUUUUGACAGCAAAAGGAACUUUAUAAUGCACUUCAGCCUGCAUGAAUCAUUUGCUGGUCUUGGGCCCACAGCGAUGGCAUUCCCUCUUCAGCAGUACAUUGCAUCGCUGGACAGCGCUUGUCUGCCAAAAAUCCUACAAGUCUGCUCGGGGGUCUACUUCCAAGGGUCCGUCUAUGAGAUUUCUGGGAAUGAGGUGUGCUUCUCCACCGGGGACAUCAUCAAGAUUACUAGAAUCAAACUCUUGUCCGUCUUCUGUGAGGACGUCAGCAAUCACGAAACAUUUGAGCUACCCAUCAACUACACAGGCUUGUUGAAGGUGAUCCCAGAGGAGACUCCGUACAGCACAGUGGAGGAACUAGUCAGGCUGAGGCCUGUGGGCUUAGAGUCCAGCCUCCCCGUCACCUUCACCAGCCGCUCCAAGGUGACGUUGCCCGACAUCACGCUAGGGGCUGGAGCCGUCCUGACCUUGCUAUCCGUGGCGGAAAAGGAGGAGCGCUGCCGCUGCCGCAUCCACCUCGGCCCGAGCCAGGCCUCUGACGAGGUGGACGUGGCGCUGGGGACGCGCGGUGAGUUCUACGUGCACGAGGGCGAGGAGCGCUUCACCCCCAAGGAGAUUGCAACAUCGCCGCACCUACGCAGUCAACGCUUCCACUUUGACGACGACGCCAUGUGCAAACGCACGCUCGUCCUCAGCCCCAUCUACCAGAUCAGCGCCGUCAUGACCAUGAGAAAGAACGUUUUGUGCUUCCCGUCCAGCUUGGCGAUGGAUGUGGUGGACAUCACCGACGCAUGCGAGGACAUCAACUUUGUGACCCCGCUCAGCCUACCGGAGGUCCACUCCCAGCCGGAUCAAACAUUCCCCGUGGUGGUGGAAGUCAUGGAGGGUCCUGAGACGCGCUCUAUGUUCAAGUGCAGUUGGCUACCGCAGCUACAGAAGGGAACCCAGUUGAUUUUCCACCAAAAGACAACCUCGCACAUGACUGUGAUGUCCAGCUUGAAGAGCCACAAGGCGCUGCAGUACUUCCUGGUAUCCAAGCAGUACGCGGGCCGCUUCCGCAGGCGUCCCCGGGGGUUCCACUCUGCGUACGAACUCUACGUGGCCUCCACCCAAACUCCGGGAUUGAGGGUGUCCGCCACGAGGGACUGCGAGGAAGUGGAGGAGGAAGGCCUUCCCUGGCUCAGCAUCGGCGAGCGACUGGAAGUCGUCGGAUGCCAAAAAGUCCAACUCCCGUGCAGCCAAGUGGAUGCAGUCGUUUGCCACCGCCUUGGAGACGUGGACGAAGAAGGAGAUGUGGAUGAGGAAGGCAAACAGGAGGACCACAUUUAUCUGCCUUUGUACAUGCAAGGCCACUUUGUGGAACUGCUGACUGACACCAAGAAGUACACGCUGGAGGAGCUGGAUGAGAAAGUGCUUCUGGAUGUGAAAGCGGUGAGCGGAGACCCCGAGCUGGAGAGCGACCCUCUUGUCGAGUUCCCAGCUCUCCGAAUAGAAGGGGGAAUUCUGGAGCCCACCAUCCAAGCCAGCUUCCUGCACACGCCGGACCGCUGCUUUGAGAUUCCGGCCCAGAGGAUCUGCAUGACCGUGUACUGCACCCAGCAGCCUCUCCCGUGGCCCCAAAACCAGGCACCGAAGUGCACCGUUGACCGCGUUACAGAGGUGACGGACAGUUUCUUGCACCAAUUUCUAAAAGAGACCUUUCCUCUUGCGAUCCCUCCUCCCAGACCCCCAAAAUGGAACCUCUCGGCGCCGAAAACAAACAAAAGCCUCCUGACCAAAGACUUUGACAACAUGACGUUCAGAAGUAGUAGGAGCUCCUUACCGCUGCCACCUACUGCAACCAUGAGGCAUCAGCCGCCGCCAUUUGCACCCCGCAAGUCGGCAACGCCUCAGGGCUCAGCAGAGACAGCCAGGCCUAACACCGAGAGUGAGAGUGGGGACCAACGUUAAAGAUUGUGAGAACUCAUCCGAGGACAGCUACGACGGCUAAGAGAAAGUGGAGGACGUGUUGGCAGUGUCGCUGAAGAAAGCCCCAAAAAAAGACUGUCACAUUCUACUAGGCUAGAUGCGGCUUUUUGUGCAAAACAGUACAGCGGUACCCUGAUGUUAAAUAUAUUGUAGAAGUUAUCAUUUAUUUGCUUAGCUUGCAUUAGUAUUAUGGACGAUUUUGAGAAAGGAGGAUGUCUCGCCUUCAAGAAGACGACUCAGCAGGAAUCAUCAGAGAGAAGGACGUGGCCGCAACGUGGCAGGUGUUGGUCCCAUGUUUUCACCUUGAAACCCUACCCUUGGUGUGUUGUGUCUUGUAGUUUAGUACGUUAUGUCUUGUCAACUUAGAAACCUCCCUAUUUCAAAUAAAUACAGGAGCGACGGGAGAGAUUGUUUGGAGCGUAUUGAGAGGCUGUAAUCUGAACAAUCUCCCAUACGCCCUCCUCAUGAGAAAGCGA